GUGGGGAGGAGAGAAGUCUGUGCUCCUUCACUCCUCGGUGAGUGUGUGCUGCAGGAAGCGAGGUCUUACCAGGGCGAGCCUCCUCUUCACCUCCUCUCUGACACACGUGCAAAAUGUAUCUUUGUCCAAUCGACCUUUUCUACCUGAUGAUGAAGGAUUUGUGAUGACAUGGCUGUAGUCCUAAGACAGUUGUUGAAGAAAUUUGGUGUGUCAGAGUGUUUAUGGAGAACUGGGAAUCUUAAGAACACUGAAAGGCAGGCAGGAGAAGAAAAGCCUUAUCACAUCAACUCUAGACUGCAUUCUCACCCUAAGCUGAAGAGCAACACACGCCAAGCAGCCGUGUGAGCGUCCAUUCCCAAAGCAAUGACCCGCAGUGCAAGCAAGUUUCAGUGAAAUUUCCCAGGGGGACAAACUGUGGGUGAUCUGAAGGGAAGAGGAGUGCGACUGAGACAAUGAAUGCAGUGAAGAGCACUGAGCAGAGACUCGGACAGAGCCGUACCAGCACUGAGCCGGGCUCCAGGAACAUGGGAAACCCCAGUACCAAUACUGAGAGCGGCUCCAGGAACAUUGCCAACUGCAACACCAGUGUGGAACAGGGCUCCAGGAACAUGCGCAACCCCAACAACAGCACCAAUCAGAGCUCUAGGACCAUGGGCAAGUCAAACAGCAGUGCUCAACGGGGUUCCAGGUACAUGGGCAACUGUAACACUAACACUGAGAAGGGCUCGAGGAACACAGUGAACCAGAACUCUAGUGCUGAACGAGGGUCCAAGAACAUGGUGAAUACCAACACCAGUGCUGAAAAGGGCUCAAGAAACGUGGGCAACACCAACAGACAGGUCUCGUCAAAAGCAUCAGCCCAACCUCAAAACAACAACGUCCUGCAGUUGAGGCUCCAGCAGAGGAGGACGCGAGAGCAGUUAGCAGACCAGGGCAUCAUGCCUCCCCUGAAGAGUCCAGCUGCAUUCCAUGAGCAGAGGAAAAGUCUUGAACGCUCCAAGACUGGGGAUUAUUUAAAGCAUAAAAUCCGAAGUAGACCAGAGAAGUCAGAGCUGGUUAACAUGCACAUUCUACAAGACUCGGCCAGCGAGGGCCCCGCUCAAGACUCACAGAGCAAACUGAAGCGUGCCCGACUUGCUGAUGACCUUAAUGAGAAAAUCGCCCUGAGACCAGGUCCACUGGAACUAGUUGAGAAGAACAUCAUACCCGUUGAUUCAACUGUUAAAGAGGCUGCUUUAAAAGUGAAUCAUGGGAAGUUUCCGAAGCAGGAGGACUCAUAUGCAUUUGAGGAGGACAGCAGCAGCGAGAGCCUGUCUCCUGAACAGCCACUUAGUGACGAGUCCCAGAGCUCAGCCGGGCCUUUGGCAGAGAGCAAGGCCAGCGGUGGCAUUCCAUCCCCCUCACGGACCACAGGCCCUACACAGGGGUCACAAACCAGAGAAUCAACUAUUCAAAACCAAGAAGAAGGUCCAGCUGUGACAAACAGCCAGACAGCUCCACCCAUUCCAGUCCCUGCAAUAAUAAAGUCGAAAACAUCAGACAAGAAUCGUCAUAAGAAGCCCAAAGAUGUUAAGCCGAAGGUGAAGAAGCUGAAGUAUCACCAGUACAUUCCGCCAGACCAGAAAGCAGAAAAGUCUCCUCCUCCAAUGGACUCAGCCUAUGCCCGGCUACUGCAGCAGCAGCAGCUCUUCUUGCAACUGCAGAUUCUCAGCCAGCAGAAGCACCAGCAGCAGAAUCACUCACACCAGUCCCAGUGCCCACAAAGCCAGAGCUUUAGCUACCAGCCCGUACACCAGCAUCUGUCAACCAAGCAGACCAGUGAACAGCAAACGCCAUGCAGUUCCAGUGCUGCUACCAGUACAGAAAGCAGCAGCUCCUCAUCUCCUGUAAAGACUACAUACUGCAAUGCAUCCAACAUGACUCCAGUCAGACCAGGGCCUCUGCCUGCUAAUCUUGAUGACCUAAAGGUGUCUGAGCUUCGGCAGCAGCUGAGAAUACGAGGUCUCCCAGUGUCAGGAACUAAGACUGCCCUCAUAGAAAGGCUGAGGCCCUAUAAAGACUCUAGCGCCGCUUCUCCCUCCAGCUCUGGAGAUAUCACAACUGUGACCUUCCCAGUGACCCCCACUGGCUCGCUCUCCUCCUAUCAAUCCCCAAGUUCUUCUGGUACCAUGUCCCAUGUAGGGGGGUACUACCCAUUCUGCAGUACUACAUCCACCCCACCCAUCUCUCCUGCCUCCUCUGAGCUGUCUGUCAGUGGCUCUCUUCCUGACAGUUUUAGCGAUGUCACUAUGUCCUCUCCACAGUUUGGCCUGCAGCCAUCGCCGGCUCAACUGAGCACAGAGGACAACCAGAAUUUGGGGAACUGCCUGCAUGGUGAACCAGGCCUGGACACUGAGAAGGACAAAAUGUUGGUGGAGAAGCAGAAGGUGAUUGAGGAGCUGACAUGGAAAUUACACCAGGAGCAACGGCAGGUGGAGGAGCUGCGGAUGCAAUUGCAUAAACGGAAGCACAGUCAUGGCCUGCAGGAGCCAGUGCACUUGCAGCAUCCAAGCCAGAUGCAGCACUUCUUUGGCGUGUCUAUUAAACAGGAGCAUGUGGCCUCCAGCUGUCCAAUGGCCUCCAAGCAGCCAAAGAAUGGGCCCCCAAACAGCUGCAUGGAGCCAAUGGGACACUGUGGCCUAGGUGGUGGACUUCGGAGCCUGGAUGUACCCUCCUCUAGAAGUCCUUCUGGUCUCCCAGCCUAUCUAAGCCCACAGUGCUCUCCUCAAGACUCACCAGUGACCAAGAACUCAAGCAGUCCACAGCCCAACAGUCUGCCUUCCUCUCCUAGUCAUCCAUUUCUACUCACACCUCCCCUGGGUAGGGACAGCUGCCCUCACAAUGGAGCCAGACCACAUCCCAUGCAGCUCCAGCAGAAGAAUGUUGCUCAGUCUGUAAGCUGCACCUAUUCACCUGACCAGAGAAGUAUGCAGCCAGUGUACCCAAGCAAUGAGAAUAACCUAAACACCAGAGGGUCUUCUAAGGCCAAAAGUCCAAACAUGCAGCAAAAGAUGGCAAUAUUACACUCUCCCAGGCACAUUGGCCAAAAGUGCGCCACCUCCACCACUACCUUCUGUAGCUCAGACUCUACUGCAUCUGCCAUUAAACAGCCCCCAUGCUAUGAGGAUGCAGUGAAGCAGCAGAUGACCAGAAGUCAGCAAAUGGAUGAACUCCUUGAUGUCCUUAUUGAAAGUGGAGAAAUGCCAGCUAACGCCAAAGAAGAGAGGUCCCCUGUAACCAAAGUUGUGCCUCACCUUACAGUUUCGCCCAGCAACACUGCCACCAGUGCCCCGCCCAUGCCAAAGUUCCACCGCCACUACAGCCACAUUUCGCCCUCUGAGGUGCCAUAUGAGCAUGCUGCAGGGCACACCGAGUGCCAUCUGGAGGUGCUUCUGAGCCCUGUGAGCCGCCAUGGUGACAUCAUCCCUGUCAAGUUGGGCACUGAGGAGGGCCAGCUGGAGGAAAUAGGAGACUCCUUUCCAGGUCAUCACCAUGACGACAAGUUGCUCAGCAACAGGGACAUGAUGGACACGCCUCUGUCACCCAUGGCCACCAAAGUCUCGCCAGUGCCCACGGAUGGCCAAGGGCUUGGCAUGACAUUCUCCGAGUCACCAUGGGAAAGCAUGGAGUGGUUGGACUUAACUCCUCCCAGCUCAGCCACGGCAUUCAGCAGCAGCAUGGCUCCAUCAGCACCCAGUAUCUUCAACACAGAGUUCUUGGACGUGAGUGACAUUGGACUGAACUCAGCCAUGGACCUGCAUCUUGAGCACUGGUGAAGUCGACCAGGGAGCUCCAUUAGUUAAAACAUACAGCUAGGUAUAUAUUGAGAAGUAACACGAAGCACUUCACAUCAAAAAUUUUAAAAGAUGUGGUUUUCCACAAAAUGCACAGCCAACAGGAUAAAAUAAAGCUACAGUCUGACCUGUUAAAAUAUCAGUCGAUAUUUCUUCCUAUAGUUUAACUAAAAAAAAAACUUGUUCUGGUCCAAAACUUGAAAAUCCUUUGGACUUUAUAUUGUGGGAAAGAAUGUGGGAAAGAAUGUGGGAAAGAAUUACUGGAAAUAAUAGAAACCAAACGAACCGAAUCCAUUCAAACUAAACAUCUAAAACAUCUAAGUUCAACAGCAUUCACAAUCCAUUUGUAAAUAUUACACUACUGCUUCAAACGUUUUUCCUGCACGUGGUGUGUGGCGAAACACUCCUGAAGUGCUCACAAAAACAAAUCACCACCACAUGUAUUCUAAUGUGCUAUUGUAAAUAUUCAUUAAUGCUCACACUGCACCUUGAGUAGUAUAGUACUUUGUCACAUUUGGCUUGACAUAUAUUUUUGGACAGCAUGUAAUUGCCUCUGUUCUAUUAUUUAGAUAUUUUCUGUUUCCAUCCCCAUUUUAUUUUUUAAAAUCAUUUUAAUUUAUUUAGACAGCUGAGAUACAAUGUACUUGUAUCAGAAUAUAUCUUUAUCUAUAAUAUGAGAGUAUGUCUUAGUUGCAAGUCCAUGGAUUAAAUACAAACAUGCUAAUUUUACAGUCAAUGCAUUUAGGUCAGGACUCCACAAUGAAAACAUGUCACCCUUGAUUUUUAUUCCCUUAACGAAUGACUACAUAUAAAACUUUAUAGGCAUGUGGUACACAUCUUCAACAUGUUUUUCCUUUGCAAAAAUAUGUUACGUUUACAUUUCGCUCACUGCUUGCCCCUAUAUGAAAGAUUCCAUCUUUAUGGCUGUUUGUAAUAUGACUAAUAAUAUUGACGCGUGACCCAUUUGCUAUCUUGGAAGAUGUCACAUCUCAGAUGUAUUUAUUUGGACAUUUGGAUAUUUGCAUAGAUAUAUUUAUAUGGAAGAUAUUUAUGAGACAUUCCUUUGUUUAGGAACAGGAUACAGGAGAUGCAUAUCCUCACACAAGAGAUUCUUGAAAACCAUGGUUGGCCUAGGAAAAUCUGACUCCUGAGUUUUAUUUUUAUACAGAACUGCAAUACUAACCGUCACAUCCUCAGAUGCACUUUUUGUGUCUUAAAAAUGAUCCAAACAUAAAUAUAUUUUAUAAAAGAAAAUAUUCUGAAAAGACACUAUUAUGGAAAGUUUCAAACGUCGCACUGGCGCGUACUCAUUAAAGUCAUACAACUGUCAUACAAUAUUAAAAUAUGCUGCAGUUUGAGCUCAAGUGAUGGACCAGCUUCAGCUGUGUUGAAACAAAAGCACACACACACAUUUACACAAAAUGCCCUAAUGCUUAUGGGUGUAAUUACCAAUAAAAUUGGAAGUUGGAAUGGCACAAACUCUUUUCUAAUAUAAUUUUAUAAUAUUAUACAUACAGUAUAUUUUAUAAUAUUGUACUACUAUUAUUAUUAUUAUUAUUGACUAUACAGCUGAAAAUUCAACUGCAAAUCAUGGUUAAAAUAUUACAUUCAGUUUUAGAUACUCUACAACCAGACACAAGCUUCAUACGGACACACUAUAGAUGAAAGUGAAGGUCAAUGUGUUUUUAAUUUUAUUUCCCUUUCUUCGUUUCUCCACGGAUGAGUCAGUGAUGUAGCAAGUUAGGCUAAAUGUUCCGACUAAAAGCUCAGUUUCACUUGGUUAAUAUGUUUUUGUACUUUUUUUUUUUUUUUUUUUUUUUUGCAAUGUAACUGAAAGCUGAAAUUCAAUUUCAAGUUGAGGAAUUCAUUGACAAAUGGAAAUAUUUUUUACAAGAACAGUGUUCAUGGAAGUGGCCCGUUCUUCCCAGCAGUUGUGCAGAAUGAAAUGUAAUAUACUGUGUAUUGUUUUACUGUGAACAUUUGCACCCACAGCGGGGCUGGCAGAUACAAGACCUGUGGACAUUUUUCUCUUUAUUAAUUCAACAGUAUUUUGUGUGUAUGCAAAAAAAAAAAAUAAUAAUGCAUCUUUGUGUAUUGUCGCCUGGGUGCCUGAUUAGUGGGAGGAAAAUCAAGUUCACUUUGACGAUUUAAACUGUGAACAGAGCAGAUUUGUGUGUGCUACAAGACAUUUGAAUGGAUUUUGUCAUAUUUGGAUUGGUGGAGGACUUAAGCGCCAGCAAUGAUCACCAAACAUUCUCAAUUUCCACACCAAUGAACAAUUUAUGUUGUUAACACUGCACACUAUCCUCAGAUUUCCCCUCUUUUGACCAUAUAAACCAUUUAAAUAUUGAAUGUAAAUGAACAGCACAGUGAUAAGAGCAUUCCCACUGUGGCCUUAUGUUAGUGUAUUUAACCUUCAUUUAGGGCUUCACAGAUCAAGUAGAAGAUUCAAUUUAUUUACUUUUUAUCAGAGACAAAAAGCAACAGAACCGGUUCAUCUUUGAUUUCGUGGACUGUAAUAGCUUUACUUUUGUACAAAUCCUUCUACACAACAGGUUUACAGAGACUGAGCUUUGGAAUAGGAGAAUGUAACGAAUCUGCAUUGGAUUUAUAAUAUAUAUAUGUCCAUCCACUGCGGUAUGGAGGACUGUAUCACUAAGAAAUGUUUUGGGUUUUUUUUUACCUCCAUUAUGCCAGUGAAGAAACUUAUAACAGACCAAGCACUCACUCAGCCAUGUUCUCCUUUUUUACCUAAUGGUCUGUAGUGCUGGAUCAAAAUUUUAAUGACACAUUAUGCAUCAAUUCCAGUCUUACCACACACUACUCCUAGCCAACCGGAUGAGUGAGAGAGAGUUCCAUCAUUCCAUAACAUCUGUCCAGUACACAUGAUUGCUCUGUCUUGCUGAAGAAAACAAAUUUGUGUUGUUUUUGUCUUCAUUUUUUUUUCUCCUGGGGAAGAAAUAUAUAGAUGUGACAAAAAGCUUUUGUACUGCUUGGCCACUGAACAGCUUUACAAUGUAAACCGUCUCAGUAUGUCUCCACCACUGUACUAUUAAAACUUCAAUAAAC